AUGGUAAAUAUUGAUCUUAGUUAUAACAAAUUUUUUGGGAAACUUCCAGUUUGGAUUGAAAUCAUUUCUGCAUUGUUGAUUGUACGCUUGAAGGCCAAUUUCUUUACUGGAAACAUUCCUUCACAACUCUGCAGCCUUCCCAAUCUUCACAUAUUAGAUCUCUCACACAAUAGCUUUUUUGGUCAUAUUCCACAUUGCAUUGGUAAUCUGAGUGGCAUGAAAUCAGAAUCGAUAUCCAUAAAGAAAGGUCUAUACGACGUAACACACUUUGGAUUAAUGUUUGCAAGAAGUACAGUGUCAAAUACCAAUUCCACCAUCACCACACAAUAUGUAAGCAUCCUUGAUCUCUUUAACAACCAUCUUUAUGGGACAAUCCCAAGCUCAAUAUGUAAUCUUCAUUUUCUCAAAUUUUUAGUUCUCUCUAACAACAAGCUUUCAGUUGAACUUCCUUCCUCUUUGAAAAACUGCACAUGUUUGGCUAGUCUUGAUCUUGGUGAUAACAAAUUUUCUGGGAAACUUCCAUCAUGCAUAGGAGAAACCAUGCCAAAUAUAUUGAUUUUACACAUGCGGGCCAACUUCUUCACCGAAGACAUUCCUUUGACGUUCUGCAGCCUUGCCAAUCUUCAUAUAUUGGAUUUCUCUUACAAUUCUCUGUCAAGUCAUAUUCCAGAUUGCAUUGGCAAUCUGAGUGGUAUGAUAUUUGAACUUGUAGAUUCUGAUACAGCAUUAGUCAAUGUAAGUUAG